CAGGAGCUGGUCCGGGGCUCUCUGCUGCCACGUGGCUCGCUGGCACCGCCUGUCUCGGAGCUCCAGCCGCCCAGGAGCCGCAGCGCAGAGGGUUGCCAUUAUUAUUAUCUCUUUUCUUGCUGCUGCUGGUUUUUCUAGAUUAACGAAAGCCAAAAAAGGAAGGAACCCCAAGAAGGAAGCCAAACAAGCCAGAGCUAUCAAUUCUCUUUUGGACCCACGGUCUGCUGUGCUUCGCUAAUUACAGAAAAAGACGCCAGGCAGUGCAAUGGCAGCAGAGUCACACUCUGCUUCGUCUGUUCUUUGAGGUGGAGUAGAAAGAGGUCUCCUGCAGGCUGCUGAGCAGGUGGUGGCCUUUGAGGCGGUGGUUGUGCAUUUCACUGGAGGCGAUUGGGACUCCUGCAUCCAGGACAAAGAGCUUGACGUCAUGCUGGAGGACUCUGGGAGUGCGGACUCUCUGGUAGGUGAUGGCGAAGUCAAUGGGAAAUAUCAGGAGCCAUCACUGGUGUCAUCAGGAACUCCACAGCAUGGAGAGGGAAAAGAGUUAUUUGAGAAUCAAAGGGGACCAAACCACUACCAGAGAAACCUGACAAUAAAUAGGAAGAAGAAAUCCUCUGCUUCUCAAGGUGUUCCCAUCCGUGAACUCCAGAUCUCACAAGAUCAGGAAAAAAAGAGUGCAGGGUGUGGAAAGCUAUUCAAAUGUAAUUCUGAUUUGAAUGGACAAAACAGAAUUCACACACCAGAGAAACCGUAUAAAUGCAUUGAGUGUGGAAAAAGCUUCAGUCAGAGCUCCGGCCUCAGUAUGCAUCGAAAAACUCACACAGGGGAGAAACCGUAUAAAUGCAUGGAGUGUGGAAAGAGCUUCGCUUAUAGUAGAACUCUUACUGUCCAUCACAGAACUCACACAGGAGAGAAACCAUAUCAAUGCCAUGAGUGUGGAAAAAGCUUCAGUACGUGUCAAAUACUUACUCAACAUCAAAGAACUCACACAGGAGAGAAACCAUAUCAAUGCCAUGAGUGUGGAAAAAGCUUUAGUACGUGUCAAAUACUUACUCAACAUCAAAGAACUCACACAGGAGAGAAACCAUAUCAAUGCCAUGAGUGUGGAAAAAGCUUCAGUACGUGUCAAAUACUUACUCAACAUCGAAGAACUCACACAGGGGAGAAAGCAUAUAAAUGCAUGGAGUGUGGAAAAAGCUUCAGUACUAAUGGAUCACUUACUAUCCAUCACAGAACUCACACAGGAGAGAAACCAUAUCAAUGCUUUGAGUGUGGAAAGAGCUUCAAUCAGAGCUCAGGCCUUAGUAUCCAUCAAAAAACUCACACAGGGGAGAAACUGUGUAAAUGCCAUGAGUGUGGAAAAAGCUUCAUUACGUGUCAAAUGCUUACUCAACAUCAAAGAACUCACACAGGAGAGAAACCAUAUGAAUGCAUGGAGUGUGGAAAGUGCUUCCGUUGGUACUCCCAUCUUACUGUCCAUAAAAGAACUCAUUCAGGGGAGAAACCAUAUAAAUGCAUGGUGUGUGGAAAAAGCUUCAUUCGGAACUCCUAUCUUACUGUCCAUCAAAGAACUCACACCGGGGAGAAACCAUAUAAAUGCUUGGAGUGUGUAAAGAGCUUCAGUGAUAGGGGAACACUUACUAGACAUCAAAAAACUCACACAGGGAAGACACCAUAUAAAUGUAUGGAGUGUGGAAACUGCUUCAGUCAGAGCUCACAUCUUACUAAUCAUGAAAAAAGUCACACAGGGGAGAAACCAUAUAAAUGUAUGGAGUGUGGAAAGAACUUCAGUGUUAGAGGAACACUUACUAUCCAUCAAAGAACUCACACAGGGGAGAAACCAUAUAAAUGCAUGGAGUGUGGAAAGUCCUUCAGUCAGGGCUCACAUCUUACUAUCCAUCAAAGAACUCACACAGGGGAGAAACCAUAUAAAUGCAUGGAGUGUGGAAAGUGCUUCAGUGACAGUAGACCUCUUGCUGUCCAUCACAGAACUCACACAGGGGAGAAACCAUAUAAAUGCAGGGAGUGUGGAAAGUCCUUCAGCCAGGGCUCACAUCUUACUAACCAUCAAAGAACUCACACAGGGGUGAAACCAUAUAAAUGCUUGGAUUGUGAAAAAAGCUACAGUGAUAGUGGAGCAUUUACUGUCCAUCAAAGAACUCACACAGGGGAGAAACUAUAUAAAUGUAUGGAGUGUGGAAAGAGCUUCAGUGAUAGAGGAACACUUAAUAUCCAUAAAAGAACUCAAACAGGGGAGAAACCAUAUGAAUGCAUGGAGUGUGGAAAGUGCUUCAGUGAUCGUAGAGCUCUUACUGUCCAUCACAGAAUUCACACAGGGGAGAAACCAUAUCAAUGCAUGGAGUGUGGAAAGUGCUUCAGUGUUCGUAGAUCUCUUACUAUCCAUCACAGAAUUCACACAGGGGAGAAACCAUAUCAAUGCAUGGAGUGUGGAAAGUCCUUCAGUGAUCGUAGAGCUCUUACUGUCCAUCACAGAACUCACACAGGGGAGAAACCAUAUCAAUGCAUGGAGUGUGGAAAGUGCUUCAGUGAUCGUAGACCUCUUACUGUCCAUCACAGAACUCACACAGGGGAGAAACCAUAUCAAUGCAUGGAGUGUGGAAAGUACUUCAGUCAGAGCUCAAGUCUUACUCUCCAUCAAAGAACUCACACAGGGGAAAAACCAUAUAAAUGCAUGGAGUGUGGAAAGUGCUUCAGUCAGGGCUCAAGUCUUACUCUCCAUCAAAGAACUCACAUGGGGGAAACCACAUAAAUGCAUGGUGUGUGUAAAAUGCUUCAGUCAGAGCUCAAAUCUUACUGACCACCAAAGAACUCACACAGGAGAUAAGCCACAUGGAUGCAUGGAGUGUGGUGUGAGCUUCUGUCAGACUUUCCAUCAAACUUUCCAUCAAAGAAGUCAUGCGGUAGAGAAAGCAUAAAAACGUAUAGAUUGUGGAAAGAGCUUCAGUGUGAGGUCAGUCCUUACUAAAUAUGAGAGAACUCACACGUGAGGAGGGUAUACCAUAUAAACCCAUGUAAUGGAAAGAGCUUCAUAGUAAGAAACUUCACUACAGUUCAUAACAUCCAUACUUUCUUCUCCAUUCUUCUCUCUGCACAGAGAAAGGGAACUGAGCUUGGAUUAUGUUGUUUCGCUGAAACAACGGAACAAGCUGCUUGCCUUCCAUGUCAUCCAGCCAUAUCAGUAUAUGUCUUCAGAGAAAAUCCAGCCCCCGGGACGAAUCCAGUUUCCUAUCCUUGGCUUACAUUUUUGAAAAGUAAACAGUAAACAUUCUAAACAGCAGCAGCUAAUGGUAAUAGUAAUAUUCUAGGAGUGCUAAAUUAAUUAAGGCAUGUAGAUCCCAUGGAUCCAGCUAUGUGUCUUUCUAGUUACUCUUUCCAUGCAGGGAGCUGUGGUGCCAAGCACAGAGCGAAAGCAGGGAGGGGGUGAGCAUCCAACUCAGGUGAAAAGAAGGGAGAAACGAGUUCUCAACAUGCUGAAGUUUUUAUUCUUGGAUUGAAAAGUCCAAAAAUAGUUCAAGGCCUUCUUCAGGGCGUUAUAGGAAGAUGUCUGCAGAAAUCUUGUAAUCAACAAAAUGUCUUUCACUAAUAGUUUUCUCCCCCUCUUCUAAGACUGAUGAAAAAACGGAAGAGCUUCUUCACAAGGUGCAGAGUGAAAGGAUGGAGUUUACAACCACAAGGCAUUGUAAUGGCCACAUAUUUGAAUGGCUUUAAAAGCCGGCGGGGGGUGUAGACAAAUUCUUGGAGGAGAAGGCUAUGAAUGGCUAUUAGUCCUGGUGGCUCUGCUACUACCAGUAACAGAGGCAGUAUGCUUACGUGCACCAGUUGCUGGGGAACAUAGGUGGGUGAGUGCUGUUGCUCUCAUGUCCUGCUUGUGCGUUUCCACCAGAAGCUGAUUGGCCACUGUGGGAACAGAACGUUGGACUAGAUGGA